AUGACGCGAUCAGAAACAAAACUGCCGACAGUUGAUCGCAUUGUCACAAGUGUACCUUCUCCUCCGAGCAAAUUAAUGCCUUCAAGUACGGUGUUCGAUUCUAAGGGUCGUCCUCAACUGGAUGUAAUUGGACCACAUUUAAUUUCUGAAGGACGACUGACAGAAGAAGCAAUACUAAGAAUUAUUAAUGAUUGUUCAGCCAUUUUAAAAUCAGAAAAAACUAUGCUUGAAUUAGAAGCUCCAAUUACAAUUUGCGGUGAUAUACAUGGUCAAUUUUAUGAUCUAAUGAAACUUUUCGAAGUUGGUGGUCCUCCUGAAACAACACGUUAUCUAUUUCUUGGAGAUUAUGUUGACAGAGGUUAUUUUAGCUUAGAGUGUGUAAUCUACUUGUUUAGUUUGAAAAUUCUAUAUCCACGCAGUCUGUUUCUUCUACGUGGUAAUCAUGAAUGUCGUCAUUUGACACAAUAUUUUACAUUCCGACAAGAAUGUAUCAUGAAGAGUACGGAACAUGUUUAUGAAGCUUGUAUGGAAGCAUUUGAUCUUUUACCAUUAGCUGCAUUGAUCAAUCAACAAUUUCUAUGCGUACAUGGUGGGCUAUCGCCUGAAUUGCAUACAUUAAAUGAUAUACGUAAGUUGGAUCGAUUUAAAGAACCACCAGCAUUUGGUGCAAUGUGUGAUUUAUUAUGGGCUGAUCCAUGUGAAGAUUUUGGUCAAGAAAGAAAUUCGGAACAUUUCAGUCAUAAUACAGUUCGUGGAUGUUCAUAUUUCUACAGCUUUAAUGCAUGUUGUCAUUUUUUACAAGCUAAUAAUUUACUGUCUAUUAUACGAGCUCAUGAAGCACAAGAUGCCGGUUAUCGAAUGUACAGAAAAAGUCGACAAACUGGAUUUCCUGCUUUAAUUACAAUUUUCUCAGCACCAAAUUAUUUAGAUGUGUAUAAUAAUAAAGCCGCUAUAUUAAAAUAUGAAAAUAAUGUAAUGAAUAUACGUCAGUUUAACUGUUCACCACAUCCAUAUUGGCUACCGAAUUUCAUGGAUGUAUUUACUUGGUCAUUACCAUUUGUUGGUGAAAAAGUUACCGAAAUGUUGGUCAAUGUACUUAAUAUAUGUUCAGAUGAUGAACUGCUAUCGGACACACCAGAAGAUGAAUCACAAAUCACAGCGCGUAAAGAUGUUAUCAGGAAUAAAAUUCGAGCAAUUGGUAAAAUGGCUCGUGUAUUCACUGUGUUAAGAGAGGAGAGUGAAACUAUACUUGAACUCAAAGGACUUACUCCAACUGGUAUGCUUCCAUUAGGAGCAUUAGCCGGUGGUCGAGAAGCUAUCAAAGCUGUUUCUGGAACAUGGACACCACAUAAAAUUCAAUGUUUUGAAGAAGCAAAAGCAUUUGACAAAGUCAAUGAACGAAUGCCACCACAUUUAGAUAUGAAUUCUAAACGAUGUUGGCCAUAUUCUUCCACAACAUCAAUGAAUACAAAUGAUGAACAAGAGAUUAAAUUGUCUGAUUCACAUAUUAUCAUUAGUCGUGACCCAAUUGUAGACGAUGAUAAUGAUUCUCUACUUACAGUUAGCUCACAAAAAUCAAUGCCAAGACCACCAUCGAUUUGUGAAGAACACUCAUCUGAUGACGAUAAUGUUGGUGAUGAUGAUACUGAAGUCAAAAAUGAUAGAAGAAAGUUCAGACAACAAAUCGAUACUGUUAACGAUCUCAAAUCAACAAAAUUAACUAAUCAACUUGAUACAAUCAACACAUCAAAUGAUCCCAAGCAGUCGACUAGUUCUGCUGACUCAACAAAAUCAAAUAAAAAUGAUUUAAGCAAUACUACUAAAACUCCUAGUACUACUACUAUUGGUGGUAGUAGUAGUAGCAGUAGUUCAACAUUACAAAGCAGAACAAUUAUAAGGACAAUAACACCUAAUAAAUCGAAAAAUGACAACCUGUAAUCAUCAGUGCUUCCGUAGGAACAUUCAAUCUAUCC